AAGCAUUUCAAAUUGCAGAGGCAGGAGCGUUCUUUCAUUCACGUCCGCUCGCCGAUCGGAUAAGUUACUAAGAGAACUGCAAAAGGAGGCCGACGAAAAUGGCAAGAGCGAAUCGCGCUGUCGCCCAUCAUCCUCCGUACUCCGAGUUAAUAAGCGAGGCGAUCCUGACCCUGAAGGACAGGAGGGGAUCGAGCCAGCAAGCGAUUGCGAAGUUCAUCGAGGACAAGUACGGAGCAGCCCUCCCGUCGAAUUUCAGGAAAAUUCUGUCUGUCCAACUGAGGAAGUUGGUGAAGUCCGAGAAGCUGUCCAAGAUCAAAAAUUCCUACAAGGUCUCCUCCGGUCCCCAGAGGCCGACCCCCUUGGUCACGAAGCUGAAAGGGAAGAGAGCGAUGAAGAAGAAGGAGAAGAGCAAGACGAAGAUCAAGCGGUUGAGUCAAGUACAGACUCCAGAGGCUCUGAAGGGAGCCGAGAAGGGGAUGCCGGAAAAAGGCCAGAACCGGAAGUUGAAGCGGUUGAGUCAGAUUAGGACUCCCGAGGAUCUAAGGAAGACCAACAAGAAGAGGAACUUGAUUGCCGGGAAAGGAAAGGAUGUGACUUUGAAGAAUUAGGUGUCCUUCCAGAAUGGCUAAGAGAGGCAAAUAUGGACGUGGAUCGAUUUUUUUCGGAAUCGAUCCAGUUCUCGUGUUACUCUGAUGCUGUAUCUGUUUGUCUUUAGUUUGCUCUAUCUACGUGCUUGUCUUAGUUUCUGCAGAUAAUGCUUAUGUGGCAGUGGAUGUAUAUAUCUGUUUGGGUAAUAUUUUGAUCCUUAUAUUAUGGUUGUUUUGGCAACAAUAAAUGAAGCAAAACAAUUUAACGAACAAA